UAUAAUAAUUAUUAUUACCAAUGAUUGGAAAGACAACGGAAAAUUGAAAAUACUUUGAAAACAAAAUGAGUGAAAAAAAUUUGUCUAACGAUAAGACAAUGAGUAGAGACAAAACAAAUUCAAAAAACAAAAUGUCGGAGAGUAUGUCCAAAGAUAAAGAGUAUACCGUUGAGGAAGUGUCUAAACACAACACUAAAAGUUCGCUUUGGAUUAUAAUUAGCGAUCAAGUGUUUGAUGUGACAAAGUUUUUGGACUCACAUCCCGGAGGUGUCGAUACUAUUAUGAAUUACGCCGGAAAAGACGCUACCUUUGGCUUUGUGGGCAACCAUUCAGAUAACGCCGAAAAAAUCAAAUCUAAUUAUAAAAUUGGUGUCAUUAAGAAAACAUAAUUAUUGAUCGACAAUAUCAAUAUAGUA